CAAGCACACGACACGUUUAUGUCCAACAACUUCUUGUCGCAACGCGGGAACUUCCUGCUCCGCAAUGUGGCGAAGUCUGGCACGCCGCGGUGAACGCGAUGUGCUGCACGGAAGCUUCGGCGGUAUGUUCCACUCCGAGGCCUUGCCUGGAGCCUUGCCGCGGAGGCAGAACUCGCCUCAACAUCCGUCCUACGGUCUCUACCCGGAGCUGGUCUCCGGCUCCGCUUUCACGGUUCCGCGGGCCAAGAACCGCUACAGCUGGCUCUACCGGAUCCGGCCCUCUGUCCAGCAUGCGCCGUACCAUGGGUCGGACUACGAACUGAUGGCUCAUAAAACGUGGCUGAGUCCGCCGUUCCAGCAUCCUUUCCCGCCGGUUCAGCUGAGAUUUACGCCGGCUCCCAUGUCCUCCGGGGACUUUGUGGACGGCACCGUGACUUUGGCGGCCAACGGCUCUCCUGCUGCACAGGACGGCUGUGCCGCGAACGCCUACGCCAUGUCUCAGUCCAUGUCCAGCAAGCGGCGGUUCCUGAGAGUGGCAGAUGCGGACUUGCUGAUCCUUCCGCAGGAGGGUGUGCUGGAGCUGCGCACCGAGCUGGGGGACCUGCAGGUUGAGCCAUGGGAACUGGCCGUGGUUCCCCGCGGCCUCGCCUUCCAGGUGAACUUGGGACAGCAAGCGAGCUCCGCGCGCGGGUACUUCCUCGAAAACUUCGGAGACCACUUCGUCCUCCCGGAGCUUGGUCCGAUCGGCAUCUCCGGGGGCCUGGCGCAUGCCAGGCACUUCCUGGCGCCGCAGGCUCGCUACGAGGAGCUGGAUGGAGACUUCGAGUUGGUCUCCAAGUUCAUGGGCUCGCUCUACAGCUCGCGCCUGAGGCACUCGCCCCUGGACGUGGUGGCGUGGUACGGCUGCCACGUGCCCUGCAAGUACGACAUGCGCCUGUUCAUGGCCAUCAACACAGUCACCUACGACCAUCCGGACCCCUCCAUCGGCGCGGUCUUAUCCUCCUACACCACCUCGCCGGGCUUGGCGAAUGUGGACUUUGUGAUCUUCCCCCCCCGGUGGCUGCCUGCGGAGGGCACUUUCCGCCCUCCUUGGUUCCAUCGGAACUGCAUGAGCGAGUUCAUGGGGCUCCUCACAGGUACCUAUGAUGCGAAGCCUGACAGCUUUCUGCCAGGGGCAGCCUCCAUCCACAAUCGGUACGUGCCCCACGGCCCAGACGCCGCGGCGGUGAAGAAGGGCACAGAGCUGGAUGGGAUGCAGCCGGAGCGGUACAGCGGCACGUUGGCCUUCAUGUGGGAGACGCGGCUGGUGUGGCAUCCUUCGCGGUAUGCCCUCGCGAGCCUCAGCGAGGAGGGCUAUCCUUCCGCCUGGCAAAGCGUGGAGAAGCGCUUCGAUGCCACCGAAACGCCACCCCUCCAGCAACCGUAUGGGUUCCCGCCCACGCGCUGAGCUCCGUGGCUACAAAGGCCGCGUGAGCAGUUUCAAAGGAACUUUUUGGUGCAGCCACUGGCUUCUGCCGGAAGCUUUGGGCGGCUGCAAAAAAUUGCCAAAGAGGCCAGGCCCGGAUCCACGAAAAACCACUGGGACU